AUGGCUGCAAUGGAAAUGGAAAAUGUGGAGUGUGUUUCGUCGUCGGAUGAGAUUGAAGAUGAAGAGAUCCGAUCAUCAGUUCGUGCGAAUGAUCCUCAUCAGUAUUCUUCUUCAAAGCCUCAUGGUGGGGUUUCCAGAAUUGCCCCUACAAGUGUCCAUGAAUUGCUGGAAUGCCCUGUUUGCACUAGUUCUAUGUACCCACCGAUUCAUCAGUGUCACAACGGGCACACACUCUGUUCCACAUGCAAAGCGAGAGUCCACAACCGGUGCCCCACUUGUAGACAAGAACUCGGGGACAUUCGGUGCUUGGCACUAGAAAAAGUUGCUGAGUCACUUGAGCUGCCAUGCAAAUACUAUUCCUUGGGAUGCUCGAAAAUUUUUCCCUACUACAGCAAACUCAAACACGAAGCUGUUUGUGAUUUCAGACCAUACAACUGCCCGUAUGCCGGGUCGGAAUGUGCUGUGGCGGGUGAUAUUCCUUAUCUGGUUAAGCAUUUGAGAGACGACCACAAAGUGGACAUGCACACGGGCUGUACUUUUAAUCAUCGCUAUGUGAAGUCCAACCCCCGUGAAGUGGAAAAUGCAACGUGGAUGUUAACUGUAUUCCAUUGUUUCGGACAAUAUUUCUGCCUCCACUUUGAGGCGUUGCAGUUGGGAAUGGCACCCGUGUACAUGGCCUUUCUCCGUUUUAUGGGUGACGAGACGGAGGCCCGCAACUACAGCUACAGCCUUGAGGUCGGAGGCAAUGGCCGGAAGCUCAUAUGGGAGGGGACCCCACGCAGCAUUCGAGACACCCACCGCAAGGUCAGGGACAGUCACGACGGCCUCAUUAUCCAACGCAAUAUGGCCCUCUUUUUCUCCGGCGGGGACCGCAACGAACUCAAGCUGAGAGUCACGGGCCGCAUUUGGAAGGAGCACCACAAUCCCGACUCCCAUACCCAAUCUUUGUGA